AUGUUUGACUACUUGCCGUCAUACGUGAACCAAAACCAAAUAACUCAUUUACUGGCAGCACGAUCAGUAACACCGUGUUCAAGGCACCAAUUCGCACGAGCGGUUAACGGAAACUCUUAUCUUGCAACAAGAUUUACUGAUAAGCCACCGAAUAAGUAUGAAAGUUUAACAGGACACACUGGGUGUGUUAAUACGGUUGUGUGGAAUGAGGCAGGGGACCUCAUUCUGUCGGGAUCAGAUGACUGCAAACUAAACAUUUGGACUCCGUUCACUCACCCGUCGCGUUCGCUUCGCCAUUCAAUCGUAUCCGGACACACUGCGAACAUUUUUUCGGCACGAUUUAUGGCCAACACGGGAGACCGUCAUAUAGUUUCAUGUGCAGCAGAUGGAAUUAUACGGUUCACAGACUUGAAUAAAGUUACCGAUAGCGGAAUCGGAUGUCCAUCACCGCCCUUUAGGUGCCAUAAAGAUUUAGUAAGAAGGGACAGAACAAGGCGACGACCAUUUACAGGAUUGUUUACUUAUGGAAGCGCCGUCACGGCGAUUAGUAUCAGACCAGAUAAUCCCGUUUAUCUUGCGGCAGCAUGCUCAGAUGAAACAGUUAGGAUAUACGACAGACGGUUCGUUCGCCCGCCGAGCGAUAAUGCAUAUCAUCGGGAAGGACAGGUUUAUCAAUUUAUUCCAUCACAUCUUAAAAGUCGGCAUCGAAGAGAAUCUGCCAAUGGGACCGGAAGACUAAGACCUUCCGCCAUCCACUCUCAUCCUCACAAGAUGACUUCACUGAAAUUUGAUCCAAAUGGUAAUGGUGACUUAUGCGCCAGUUAUUCGCGAGAAAAAGUUUACUUGAUUCGUCCGCAUGGAGGGAAGUUUGAUAAAGUUGUAUCGAAGAGGAACGGCGGAAUCAGAGUGUUGAACAAGAGAAAAGGAAAAGGAAUUGUUCAUGGAGUUCCUGAAAAUAGGAGCGCGCUAGGAGGUGGUGCGAAUGACAUGGAAGUUGAUCUGAAUGAUAUAAGACUGGACAUAUCCGAUAGCGAUGGUGAUGAGGAUGGUGGUGUGUUCGCAUCUUCUAUUAAGAAAAAUGUUGACAAUUUCAUGAGUGAAGACGAUGAUACCGUUUCGACUCUAUCGCCAUCCCCGUUGCACAAUGUUACUGCAUCUCCAGCACACGAUCGUUUGGCCGACACGAAUGUGAAGAUAAAAUACACAGCCUCAUCUUCUUAUUCAUUUUCAACUGAAGUUGACACAAACAUAGACGAAACUGUCUCUACAACGGAACUUUCAGAUCUUCUAUUACCGAAAUCCUCAUCAGCAAUGUCACCUUCCUUAAUAGACGACUUUUACUCUAGCACAACUCAAUCGCCAUCAUUUUCAUUCAGCAGCGCACCUAAUCCCAUGCUUGAUCGUCUUCCUACUUCACCAACUCCCCACUCGUCUGUCCAGACGCCACCUUCUGCAGCCGGCUCAUCCGUAGGGAGUUCAAAUACUACUACUCCCAAUAUAUCUCGAUUAGAUACGUCGAAUUCCGAUGAGUUUUGGUCGGAGAUUAUAAAAGAAGCCAACUUUUUCGGAGGCCGAUCAGAGUACGUUAUGUCUGGAUCAGAUGAUGGGCGAAUCUUUGUAUGGGAGAAGUUGACGGGAAAGUUGGUUAAUCUUAUGAUGGGAGAUCGUCGCGUCGUCAACUGCAUACAGCCACACCCGUUUUAUCCGAUUUUAGCAACAUCAGGGAUAGAUUAUGACGUGAAACUAUGGUACCCAACUGCAGAUAGUCCAUAUGACGUCUCAGAAGCCGAAGAUAUUGUAAAGAGGAACAGGGAUCUGUCAAGAGAAAGUGCGUCACCCUUUUUGGGCGAACGGGUUACGGUGCCUGUACCUGCAAAUAUGUUUUUCCACUUUUUGUCCAUGUUGAACGACUCGUUCGAUCCAUUUUUCGACUCUGUCGAUUCAGACUAA